GCUAGAUGAAGCAGCACAGAAUUUCUGGUAUUGGUUUCUCCUUGUUAGCCCUUUGAAAGCAUUCCUUUUUCACACUAAAGCAUGAUAAAGUUCUCAACUGCAAACUUGGUUUACGAGACUCUUUGUGUGGAGGUGUUUAACUCGCUGGAUAACAGGAUAAGGCAUUCUGUGAGGCCAGUACAGUGAAAAAGGAGCAUUCGCAAAGAGAUGCUGAUGAUCGUACUGCAUUUCAUGAAAGGUGUCCUACCCAAUACGAUAACUGCAGCAUCAUAAACAAGGAUUGAGGUACACACACGCAAUUAACAUGGAAAGAGAAGACAUUAUAGAACAAGCAACAAUAUUAAGUAAAUGUACCACAACGUCAAGCAUCGCUCUGGCGGCCGCUACGGCACGUGCUAAAUCUGAAGGUGCACAGGCAAGAGCUGCCUUUUCGGAGAGAGAGAUAUUGAUAAGGACAGAAAAGGCCCGUCUAGAAGCAACACUUGAUGCGCUGGAGAGAGAGAGAGAGGCCGUGGCAGCAAGGGCAGAGGCUGCAGUCAUGGAGGCGGCCGCCGAAGAAUUUGAGGCUAGAGAGGAAUACAAACCGCUGCUACAACCCCUGCAAGGUGCACAACAACGGACUGAGGAGUAUGUGAGCAAGCACAGUCAUCUUAGUGGUAGCAAAAUCUUACUCAAGGAACACAGUUCGACCCAUGAGAAAACAUCACACCAUGUUAGCAGCUGUGCAUCAGUAUGUGAAGAAAGGGAAGAUAAACCAUCGGCCUUUAUCCACAAUCAGCCAACUAGCCACUCUGCAGUUAGCGGAAUGCAUGGUAAUAAAGGGGUUGCUGAACAGACUUCAUCUCAACUCCUGAACAGCCAUCAACAGUAUGCUAGAGACCUCCCUGUUCACACUCCUGCAUAUAGUCCUCAUAGACCAUAUACAACCACAGCGUAUCACCCGUCCAAAGACACAGCCACAUCAGACUUGGCAAAAUAUCUUUCAAAGAGCCAGCUAGUUUCGUCUGGGCUCACCAGGUUUGACGACAAACCAGAGAAUUACUUGUGCUGGAAGAUGUCAUUUAAUAACACAAUUGAGGGUCUUGAUCUCAAGGCAGGAGAAGAAAUCGAUUUAUUGAUAAAGUGGCUAGGCACAGAGUCCGCUGAACACGCACGCCGCGUCAAAUCAGUAAAUGUGAGAAAUCCUUCUGCAGGCUUGUGUUUGAUAUGGGAAAGGUUAGAGGAGAUGUAUGGUUCGCCAGAAGCCAUAGAGGGUGCUCUUUUCACAAAGCUGGAAAAAUUCCCUAAAGUAGCGUUCAAAGAACACCACAAGCUUAGAGAGCUGUCCGACUUGCUGUUGGAGAUUGAGUCUGUGAAACAUGAAGGAUACCUACCAGGGCUCUCUUAUUUGGACACAGCAAGGGGUAUUAGCAGUGGCGGUUCUACAUUGAAUCACUCCCCGGGCGAGAUCCGCUCUGGGUACCCCCCCAUCUACUCCCACCCAUCCGAGAGAAAAAAAGCCAUGUUUUACCAUAACUAUAUAAGUGUAAGACGAACCUUAUAUUUCUCAAUUCCACAAAUCCUUCAACAGAACAUUUUAAAAACACAAUUCUGCACAAAUCAGUAUAAGUUAUCAGAACUUAAAUAUACUCUAUGUACAUAAAUGUUGCAACAUAUGUACAUGAUGUACAUAUGUAUCAUGAUGUAACACGACCAGAGAACAACAACAUUAAAAUAUUAAGAAUAAUAUACAAAUAAAAUAUAGAAAAAAUAUUCUAAAUAGCACAAAUCCUUCAUCACACAAAAGCAAAUCUAAUUAUUACACUAUUGCACUAAGAACAGAAAACACAAACUAAAACCUGACCUUUCUGGCCUUCCUUAAUGCAAAAUCAUCAAUAAUGUCAUCAUACGAAAUCUGCCCCCUAUUGAGUUAUUGAUACUGAUGAUAGGAAGGCCAGUGAGCUGUUCUUGAGACAUGGUUGACCUCAGGUAUGACUUGAUCAACUUUUGAAAAGCUCCUCUCUGCUUGAGCCACAGUGACUGGCAGAGUAAGUGUAAUCCUGAGAGCAGUCCAAAAGUUGGGGUAGAUCUCUGAUAGAUCCUUAUCAUGCAUAAAAGUGAUAAAAUUCAAGGAGGCUGAUGGUUUUUGAUGGCUGACCAGUGGCAGAGGAUUCUCCAAAAUACUUUAGAAGUGCCCAUGAAUUUGCAAUUGAAAUUGACAUCAAAAGACAGUAGGCUACAGUAUAACUCUUAUGAAUUGCAAAUUUAAAUAAACAUGCCCUUACAUGCCAAAUGUCUGUCAUGACUCAUUAGACGCUUUAUUAAUCUAAUCUAAGGGAGGAACAAUUAGCUCCUUGGUUACUGCCUCAAAUUAUAUUCUUUGUCACGCAACAGAGUUAUAGCAAAUGUUUGCCUUUGAACACAUCCAGACAUAUGUUAAUUUCGUUGGCUAAUUACAGGGCCCAACAUUAACCCCAAUGAUGGAAAUAAAUAAUAACUUUACUUGUAACAGUUUUGUUGCAAAGCACAAUCUUAUGGUGAAAUUAGAUCUCGUGUUUGUUGAGUUAAGACCGAAUUAUUGUUGUAUAAGCAUCAUAGCAAGAAGGCUAACAAACGUAAGAGUUAACGUUACCACCCAUUAACAUUAGCCCUUCAUUGAUGAUGGAUAACGUCACCGUAAUCAUACAGAGAGAACGUAGUUACAUACCUUUAUCUUUUGCUCCUUUCUCCGCUUCUACUUUGAUUUUUUCUUAUAUUGGGCACCUGACGGC